GCUUACGCUCCGCACUCGGCGGCAGCGUGCCGGCACGUUCAUUCAGCGCGGAGGCGAGCGACCGGCAGCGCAGGCGUCGUCCUUACACCGCGGGAACACCCUUCGGCACCAACACACAGCAAACAGACCACCAUGUCUGCCCACGGAAGGCGCCACCUGAACGAUCCAAACUCGGAUGCCUACAGGGCGCACAUGGCGGCUGUCCUGGAGCGCAUGCGCAGGGAAUACGAGCGGAAACAGCGCGAAGAGGCAGCACGCCGAGGAAAGCACCGAGGCGAUGCCAUAAAGGUGGACGCCGUGGAGGUUUACUCCAAGGACAACGCCAAGCACCACCACACGGAAAUGUUCGACUCCCUGGAGCUGAGCGACCCGCCGCUUAUCAUACGCCGCGGUCAACAUUUUUUUCUAGCUCUCCGGUUCAAGCGUGAAUACCAGCCGGGAGUCGACGACGUCUCCCUAGACUUCAGCAUCGGUCCCAAUCCCGAGAUAAGCAAGGGCACCUUCGUGAGCCUGCGCGUGCCGGACACCAAGGGCGACUUCAGCCGGUCUCCGCAGAGCUGGGACGUGCGCCUGACGCACCACGACCGCGCCAUCAUGUCCCUCCAGGUGUUCGUUCCGGCCAACGUGAGCGUGGGCCUGUGGCGAUUGGCCGUGCUUAGCCGGUCGCGUGCCGACCCGGAGGCCAGGCACAAGUACCGACAUCCGUCCGACAUCUACGUGCUGUUCAAUCCGUGGUGCAAAGAUGACAUGGUGUACAUGGAUAACGAAGACUGGCGACGAGAGUAUGUGCUCAAUGAUGUUGGCAAGAUUUACAUGGGGUCCUGGAAGCAACGAGAGGGCCGGCAGUGGAUUUUCGGUCAGUUUGGAGACAUGGUCUUGCCCGCGUGCUCGCUCGUCCUGGACAAGUCGAAGCUCAGUUACGCCGCCAGGGCCAAUCCGGUGAAAGUGGUCCGCGCCAUCUCCGCAAUGGUGAACAGUGCUGACGACGACGGCAUCGUCACUGGCAACUGGUCUGGCAACUACGACGAUGGCACAGCGCCCUGGAUGUGGACCGGAAGUAGUGCAAUCCUCGAGCAAUACGUCAAAAGUGGCGGCACCUCCGUCAACUACGGGCAGUGUUGGGUUUUCUCUGGCGUCUGCAACACCGUGUGUCGUGCGCUCGGUAUUCCAUGCCGUCCGGUUACUUGUUAUGCGUCUGCACACGACACGGACGAGAGUAUUACCAUCGACCGUUACUUCGACAAGGAAGGCGAGGAACUGAAGAAGUACUCCAGGGAUUCGAUAUGGAAUUUCCACGUGUGGAACGAAGUGUGGAUGGCAAGGAAGGACCUCCCGCCGGGCUAUGGCGGAUGGCAGGCUAUUGACGCUACACCGCAGGAAACCAGCGACGGCUACUACCAAGUCGGCCCGUGCUCAGUGAUGGCCGUCAAGAAGGGCGAGAUAGGCUACAUGUACGACUCACCAUUCGUGUUUGCCGAGGUCAACGCCGACAUCAUCCACUGGAAAGAAGACCCCGAAAGUGCCUUCGGUUGGACUCGAAACAAGACACUAACCUAUCAUGUGGGCCUGGGAGUGUUGACGAAGAAAGCAAACGUUAAGAUCCAGGAAGGCAUGGAAGAUGCUGAGGACAUCACGCACUGUUACAAGAACGAAGAAGGGACGGAGGAAGAGCGCAUGGCGGUGCUGAACGCGGCGCGCAGCGGCGGCCUCAGCGUACUGUUCGAGCUGCCCAGCGAGUCGAAACAGGACGUCACGCUGAAGCUGCAGGACAUCGAGAGCGUCAUGAUCGGCGAGCCGUUCAGCGUGACCGUCAGCAUGCGCAACGACAGCCAGGAGCAGCGCACCGUCAACGCGGUGCUCUGCGCCUCGUCCGUCUACUACACGGGCAUCCUGGCGCGCAAGAUCAAGCGCGACAAGGCCACAUUCGUGCUCCGGCCGCAGGAAGAGGAGGUUUUGUCACUGACCGUGCAGCCCGAGGAGUACCUCGAUAAACUGGUGGACUUCGCAAUGGUGAAGAUCUACGUGAUUGCAAAUGUCAAGGAGACAAGACAAACAUGGUCUGAAGAGGAUGAUUUCACUAUCACGAAGCCGAAGCUGGACAUACAGGUUGAGGGACCAGUGAAGGUCGGCCAUUCAUUCAGACUCGUAAUGCGCUUCACAAAUCCCCUGAACGUGCCCCUUCAAGACUGCACAUUGUCCGUUGAAGGCCCUGGCGUCACAAGCGCCCACAUCGUUCACCUCUCGAACGUGGCACCACGCGCCGAGUGGGUCCACCGGGAGACGUUCGUGCCCGUGAAGUCCGGACCGCGGAACGUGAUGGCCGUCUUCAACUGCCAAGAGCUGUUCAACAUCGAGGGUUCGGCGCAGACGGUGGUCGAAGAGUAGCCCACGUGGCCACUCGUCGGCGGUGCUCCGCUUUCCGCAUUUGCACGGCAGCAACUUCAAUGGCAGCAAUCGUUGGCAGAGACGCUUCCGCUCGUGAUGCCCAGACCGUGUUGUGUGUUAUAUAUAGAAGUGAGUCUCGUAUUGGCCAAUAAAUCGCGCGUGUUUGUCAUAUAUGACGCAACC